AUGCUUUGGAGCGAUUCAAAAAUAGUACUAGCAUGGAUUAAAUCGCCUUCCCGCAAGUGGAAAACGUUUGUUGCUAAUAGUGUUUCGGAGAUCCAAACCAAUACGGAUCCAAACAAUUGGUACCAUGUUAGAUCAGAAGAUAAUCCUGCCGAUUUAAUUUCGCGAGGAAUGUUACCGGAAGUAUUAAUUAAUUCAGAUUUGUGGUGGUUUGGUCCAUCUUGGUUGAAUACCACUGACAAACUUUCUUUUGGCGCAGAUUUCAUAUCAGAAACCGAAGAAGAAAUUAAACAUGUUUCGUUAACAGUAAUAGAACAAACCACAACUAAUAUAUUUAAUAUGUAUUCAUCAUAUACAAAGUUAGUUAUGGUCAUUGGAUAUUGUGUUCGGUUCCUUAAAAAUUGCAAGAACAAGGCCAAGAACAAGGGCGACUGUAUCCACGGUGAAUUAAAAACCACCGAAAUUAAUGAUGCUCGCGUAAGAUUAAUUAAAUUAGCACAACGUGAAAGAUUCAAAAAUGAAAUAGAGUCUCUAUCAAACCACGAGCCAAUAAAAACUAAAUCAGAUUUAAAAUCUCUCAACCCAUUUUUAGACGAAAACGGUAUUUUGAGAGUUGGCGGUAGAAUAAAGUUGUCUGACUUAGGUUACGAUAAGCGUCACCCAAUGGUUCUACCUAAAAAUCAUGCACUUUCAUCAUUGAUUGCCAGAUAUGAACAUAUCAAAUCUUUUCAUUCUGGAGCGCAACACUUGUUACAUACGCUCAGAGAGACAUAUUGGCCAAUCAACGGUAGAAAUCUGUGUAAAGGUAUUAUACGAAGAUGCGUUAUCUGCUUCAAGGUUAAUCCUACUUCUACUUCCCCAUUAAUGGGCGAUUUACCAAAAAACCGCGUCACUCCCCAUUUGCCAUUCACGAAUUGCGGCGUGGACUUUGGAGGUCCGAUUAUGUUGAGAGAUCGUCGUACUAGAGGGUAUAAAAAAAUUAAAGGGUAUAUAUGCUUAUUUAUUUGUUUUAGUACGCGAGCCAUUCAUUUAGAACUGGUAUCGGAUUUAACAUCAGAAUGCUUUUUAGCUACACUCAGACGAUUCAUCGCACGUCGGGGAAAACCCACUAACAUUUAUUCAGACAACGGAACAAAUUUUGUCGGGGCAUCGUCGGAAAUUAAAAGAUUAGCUAAUUUUUUGCGCAAAACUAACCUUAGCAAUGUUAUGAAAUCAUUAAGUGACGACGGCAUCAAUUGGCAUUUUAUUCCUGCUAAAUCACCCCAUUUUGGAGGUAUUUGGGAAGCCGGUAUAAAAUCAUGUAAGUCGCAUUUAAAGCGAAUUUUAGGAAAUGCAUGCCUUACCUUUGAAGAUUUCUAUACAAUUUUAGCACAGAUCGAAGCUAUUUUAAAUUCCAGGCCAAUUUCUCCUUUGAGUUCCGAUCCUAAUGAUUUAAAUCCAUUGACUCCUGGCCAUUUUUUAAUUGGAAAAUCCUUAACAUCUAUUCCCGACCCAAAUGUACUUGACAUUCCUGAAAACAGACUAGGACGCUACCAGCACCUGCAGCGUUUGGCACAACAUUUUUGGAAACGCUGGCAUAAGGAAUACAUUUCGGAGUUGCAGAGUAGGACAAAACGCACAGGCCGUGCAAACCAAUCAUUAAAGGUCGGAACCAUGGUACUUCUCAGAGAAGAUAAUGUACCUCCACUGAAUUGGCAAUUAGGUCGCAUUAUCGAGGUGCAUCCAGGACUAGAUAAGGAAGUGCGUGUAGUGACAGUGAAAGUUCAAAAUAACGUUUUCAAAAGAGCUGCCACUAAGGUUUGUGCUUUACCCAUUGAUAAUGAACACAAUCAUGUGAAUUAA